AACGUCACCGAGCCUAAACCAGCUUCGUUUAAACCGAACCUAAAAAUACGCGUCUUCCUCAUAUUCAAUUCAAAGCCAAAAGCCAAAACAAGAGAGCUGACAAUUCAAGGCUCUGUAACAAACCGCGUUUUCCUUCCACAUUUCUUCCAGGAAUUUCUAUUACAAUUGUAUAGGGAUGAGUGAUCACUUGGUUUUGUGUGUUGACCGCCUCAUAACACCUGAAAGUUUGGAAUCACUGCAAACGACUGAGCCCGUGGGAUCUUCUGACCAGGGUUCCUCUUCUCGUACCACUGGUCCACCUGAAUGUGCCAUUGAUGUUGAACGUGUGGGGAAAGAUGAUGUAUCUGGUGAUGAAGAAGAACCACUACUUCAGACCGUAGAAUGCCGUAUUUGCCAGGAAGAGGAUAGCAUCAAAAAUUUGGAAACCCCUUGCACCUGUAAUGGAAGUUUGAAGUUUGCCCAUAGGAAAUGUGUUCAGCGAUGGUGUAAUGAAAAAGGCGAUAUAACAUGUGAGAUAUGUCAUCAGCCUUACCAACCUGGUUAUACUGCUCCACCGCCUCCUCCUGGAUCGGAUGAUACUACAGUUGACAUAAGUGAGGCUUGGACUAUCUCUGGUUCUCCUUUGGACUUGCGGGAUCCUCGAAUUUUGGCAAUGGCAGCUGCUGAACGCCAUUUCCUUGAAGCUGAGUAUGACGAAUAUGCUGAUACAAAUGCUAGUGGAGCUGCAUUUUGCCGAUCUGCGGCUCUAAUUUUAAUGGCUCUUCUUCUCUUGAGGCAUGCUAUGACACUCGCCAAUCCAGAGGGGGAUGAUGAUGCUUCUACUUUUUUCUCUCUUUUCUUGCUUCGGGUCGCUGGUUUUCUUCUUCCUUGUUACAUCAUGGCCUGGGCCAUUAGCAUAUUGCAGCGUCGCAGGCAAAGACAGGAAGCGGCGGCACUUGCUGCAACUGAAGUUGCAUUUAUGAUACAGGCCGGGCAACGUCGUGGCCUGCAGUUCACGAUUGCUCCUGGACCUGCAUUGACUCCCCAUCAGGAACCACUCCAAUGAUACAGUUUUCUUUAUUUCAAUAAAGACGUUGUAUUGUUGAAGAUAUAUAUACCAUCAAAAUUUGAGUUUGUUGUGUUGCUCAUGCUACCAGCACUUGAAGUUAACGUGAAUAUUGUAUUUGUCAUGUUCUAUAUCUCGAAUUGGAAACUGUGUUGCUUGCCUUUAUUUUCCUUCUCGACAUCUCCGUGGUAAUUUAUUCUCCUACCAUUAUGUAUGCAGAUCUCCUAGCUGCCAUAGAGCUGCUGGGAAUUUGCUGUUUUAGCACAGCCGUCUGAUGUAUGAAUAUAAUCACAAGCUUUCUUGGAGAUUCCUUUGUUUUUA